UGGAGCUGCCCAGUGGACUUGGGGGAGGCUGGGCCUCUGUCAUCAGGGAUAUCAUAAACAGACUUCUCAUCAUCAUCAGGAACAGGUUUGAGACCAUUGCUGUUAUGUAAAGAGCUAAUGAACUUGUUUGGUAACAUUUGUAUUACUGUGUUAAUAUUUCUUUAAAUUAAGAUACCGUAGCGUAACACUUUGGCGCAUAGGGUAAAAAAACCUUUGUGCAUGACAGUGAAAAAUAAGGUUAUUAACACUGUAAACUCAAUAACUUCGUCAAAUCACACGUUAUUGAUUUCCCUUCAUUUAUAUAAAUUACAGGAGUCUGUAUUACUACAGCUAGCACAAUUAACCAAGGAAUUAUGUCUAAUUCCUUCUAAAUUGCUAUCAAAUUCAUCAUCUGCGUCAAUUUUUAACUAAAUUGAUAUUUAUCAGUAUUUAAAAAAUCUAAAUUUAACGAAAAUCUUACUUUAAACAAGAUAUUUUCCUAAUUCAUUUAAAAAUUGCUAGCCACCCAUUUAUGAAUGAAGUAAACAUGCUUGUAUGCGCAUGCAGGAAAGGGAAGAUUCUUCAUGAUUUUUUUUCUGGUUGCUGUGAUAUGGACGCCUUUAGGCAACGUGUCAAAAAAAGUUUACACCUGGUCGCUACCGCCUGGAUAUAAAGUGUUAAUGUUAUUUUUUUUCAUAAAUACAAUUUUUAAUUAUUUUUUUUUUAAAUUAAAAAGGUUUUGAAAUUUAAAAUGGUUGACAACGCUGUCAGAAAAAAAAAAUAAAAAAAUGUGCCUUUACGAUCUUUAAAAAAUUCAAUGAUUUUGUUAAUAUUGCAUGCAAAUGCAAACUCUUCAUCUUGUUACUGACGUCCACUUAAUAAACCCUGUAAUAAUUACUAUGUUCAGUUUCUCCAACGUUGUUUCUUAAAUAUCCCACAGAGCUGCUGAAAGCCAAACCUGGUUGAGUCCAAGUUAUGAAGAAGAGGCUGUACUGACCUGUCUGGGGACCCUGCACAAUGUGGUCACCAAUGGACUGACAAUAUGUCCAGAUGUUAGUGUAAACUCAAUGGUCCCAGUAUUUACUUAACUUCCAAUCUGGCAUGUUUGGCUUACUUAAGUCUGAGCAAAGCUCCCAUGAUCAGAGCAUCGACUUACACGAUUCAAUUAUUUUACUCCUGCAAUACCAUUUGAUGGAUUUUAUCUUUUCCCCCAUUGGCCGCAAGUCAAUUAUGUUUUUUUUUUCUCAAACAAUACAUUUUGAAUGUAUCACACAGGAAAUGGUGAAUUACAUCCAGCAAAUCGUCGAUGCAGUGGCCAGUAUUGCGGAGAAAAGCUCAAGCAUCAGUCAGAAGUCUGUGCUGUUACUGACAGAUGUAAUAAAAUCAGGCGUGGACUGUCCUGAGUUGAAACAAGUCCUGGGCAAACUUAACCCUCUCCCACCAACACCUGGCCUUGAGACAGUCAAGCUUCUGGUGGACAGGCUAUCUGGGCCAGGAAAUGACACACUUGAAAAUGUAAGUUGAAUUUUUAUCGCGCAACUCACAUCAUAGCAUCCUUGUGUCUUAUAUAUUUCUGUCUGUUAUAUGAAUUGCAAUUUUGAAAAGACUCAACAAACCCAUAUAUUUAGCAAGGAAUGUCCAUCAAUGUAAUUUUAUUUCAAUAAGCAGAAGAGACAAGCUGAUGUUCUUGGAAAGGUUGUGGGGAAGAAGUUCAAAAAGACUGAAAGCGCUUUCCCUUUAAAACAAUGCUUCUUAACCUUUUCGCCGGGCCCCGUGGCCCUCUUGAUUUAAAAACAUAUUACCCACAUCCCCACGAUAAAGAAAUGCUCAUAAAAAUACAAAUAAACCUGAUUUUCUUGCCUUGCCUCCCGCACCCCCUGGACAGAACCUGAUUUUCUUGCCUUGCCUCCCGCACCCCCUGGACAGAACCUGAUUUUCUUGCCUUGCCUCCCGCACCCCCUGGACAGAACCUGAUUUUCUUGCCUUGCCUCCCGCACCCCCUGGACAGAAAACCCUGCUUUAAAACAUCUUUUGUGAACGAAAUAUUUAACAGAUUUUUAAAGAAAUUCCAUAAAGCAUACUGCAAAAAUGUGAUAAAAAUUUAGUUAACUGCAAAGCACUUAAAAUAUCUUGAAAGCGUAGGAUGACAGACAGACUUGCUAACAGUAAGUUUAUCUCAGUAAAUUCAUGUCUAUUGGUUUUAACAUUGCAGCAAUUCAAAAGCUUUUUGGAGGUCUGUGUCUUCAUGGCUGAUGUCCAGUCCCAAGGCUUGGCGUUGAGGCUCAAGAAGUUAACCACCUACAUCAUCAAUAAUCAGAAAGAGUUAAAAAGUAUGGCUGCUUCAGAUACUGGUAAGUUUUGAAAUUACCAAACAAAUAAUCCAGUUGUAUAGUUUGAAAAUAUUGAAAUGUUUAUGAAAGUAUGUGGCAAAGGUUUAUCCUCUUAAAAUGUUUCUGUCCAAUUUUAUUGGCCUAAAAUUUCUUGAUGAGAUCUCUUUUAAAAAUUACAACUCUUUUUAGGUUUGACCUGUUUAAGAAAAGUGAUUGAUGAGUUGGUCAAGCUGGUGACCUCCCCUUGCAGCCAGGUCAUGUCUGCAGCAGCUGCCUGCCUGGGUGCCAUCGGACCCUUGGAUCUUCAGUGUCUGUCGUUACCACACAGUCCGGAGGGAGCCAGCUAUGCCAUGGCCAUACAGGCGUACAGAGGGCAUAAGUUUGAGAAGUAUUGCUGGGUGUUCCAUGCAUUGGACUCUUGUUUGAUGGAGCAAAAGUGAGUACAAAUGUUAUUGCAUUGUCAAUUUUUGGGGGUUUUACAUUUUAGCCAUAGUUUUUAGGACGUUACCAGUGGAUCAAAAAUUAUUUUAGUUGCUGCCAAGAACCAUUUGACAGUAAACAGCAUGCACAUCUACAGCCAACCUUAUCUUCUGAGGUAGUGUAGACCAAGUCCAAAAAUUUAUGACAUUUUUCAAUUUAGUGGUUGGUAUAGCUAACACAGGUAAGUCUAUGCAUCCCAGCAGUAGGUGUUGCACAUAUAACUAAUAUAGUUCAUCCAAUGAUUUAGUCAUAUACAUAAUUUGAUUCAGUCCAACAGCUGGUAAGAUUAUUUAUAUAACUCUGCUAUGUUCAUCAGCUGGUACAUUUAACAAAUUAUGUUUAUUUAUUAAUGGAACUUUGAGAAUUAAUGUAAGCAAAAUUUUUUUUUCAGCCUCAAAAUUGUGAAAAUGGCUGGCCACAUCCUUCAGACAAUCCUGGCAACACCAUUAGGAGAACAUUUUGAAGCUGACUAUUCAAAACGAUUGAAAGACAAAAGUUUUUUGUUUUACUACCUACAUCCUUUCAAAAGAACAAAUACUGUCAAGGGGGUAAAUUUACACUUAUUAUUUUAUACCUUAAUGUUGAAAACUUAUAAAAUCAGAGCUCUUAUACAUAAGUCGUUCACUUUUAUUUAUCCCUAUCAACCUUAACAACUAUUAGAAAAUAAUAAAAUAAUUAACAAAAUUAGCCGUUCACUUUGAGAACAUGUACUACAAUGAGCAUGUACCAUUUGGUUUGUUAAAUAUAUCACUUAUUUUAAAAUAUCUUUCAUUUAAUAGUCAAAUGUCUUUGUUGAACUCAUAACUUCAAACUGGGUCCUCAGAAUAUCUUUUCAAUGAGACUGAAAGUGAGAUCAUUCUGCCAUUUAUUGUUAACUUAUGUUAAAAACUGUGCCCACCCCGUAGCUAUGUUAAUCUCUCAGAACAUGGUACCACCCUGUAGCUAUUUUUAUCUCCUCAGAACAUGGGCCCACCCACCAACACCACAAUCAAACUUAAAGAUGACUUUAGCGCCAUUGACAGCGCUGAAUUGUGGCUGGGCAGUCAGACUAACUUCAGCCAUAAAGAUUGGAUCCAGGACCUCACCUCUGAACUCCUAAAGGCUGGAUUGAUCCAAGAUGAAAUCAUGAAUAAAAUACAACCCAUGUGUGCA